UAUUUCUUGGUGCACUGCUCUUCGUCUUCCCUAGUUUCAACCCACGGCACAAAAUGAGGAACGUCCUCCUCAAGCGCUUUGUCCAUGGUGCAUUCCAAUCAUCAUCAAGAUUGAGAUCGAUAUCCGCCAUUGCAGCUGCAACUAAUUCACCGAUCGCCCUUUCGUCAAGACAUUAUGCAGCUUCUGCAUCAUUGGCUGAAGAGGAGGCAGAAACAAUUGUGUUUCCUAGGGAAGGUCCAGGUGUCUCUUAUGGUCUUAACUGGGCUCUUGCUCUGAGAGGUGUAAUUGUAAAGGAUAAAGCUUUUCACAACUUGAAGUCUUCCGAGCUACUACAGAAAGGUGCAACCACUUCAGAGACUUUGUCUGGUCUCCCGGUUCUUGUAAGAGGUAAUGCUGUUGGAGGGGCUUCAGAAGUUUCCAAGGCACAAUUCAGUAAACUCAUGAAACAGGUCACAUCUCACAUUUCGUCCACACCAAAUGUUUUUGUUCAAGAUGGAGCUGUUGGGUCUUCUUCAAAAUGUGAUGCUAAAGUCCGUGUUAUAAGUGACAGUCCAUCUGCUAUAUCAUCACUUUCCAAUGUUCUAUUCAGGACUCCUACUCGUGCUGUUUCUCAUGAUUCUUGCCCUCUGACUGUUUAUGUUGCUUCAUCUAUAAGUCCCAGCACUGGCGAGAUUGUUGGUCUUGGGUCACAAACAAAUGGUGGAUUUAUAGCUGCUGAUAUUGAGCGCUCAUCACUCAUUCUUUGUGGUAAAGCUUUUUCUGAUAUCAAGGGUAUCAAAGAUGCACUAGCUGCCUUGGCUGGACCUGUUAUAUCUGCGAGAGGAGGUCUUCCUUUAGCUGCUAGGCUAUUGGUGUCUGGCGAGACUGUGAUUCUUCUUUUUGCACCAGAGGAUACUCUUCAGAGCUGCUCGGAUUUUCUGGUUUCUGCGGAUGCAGGUGUAAUACUAUCCUCUCAGGGUGUUGCACCACUCUUUCAGACUGGAGAUUCUGGGGCUCCCAAUCUAUUCAAAUUGCCAGCUGCUGUGAUACUUGCAUCUGCUGAUAGUUCUGGCACUAUUCCUUCUUUAUCGAAGCUCUCACCUGGUCAAGCAGCUUAUCACUUCCUUGCGGGCUAUCAGAAUGGGAAAUUUGUACCAGCAUAUAACAAGGAUUUCUCAGCCACUGAUCCUCUGGAACUUGCAAAGGCCCUCUUAUCAAAGCUGAAUGAGAACCAGCUUCCAUCUUUCUUAAUUAACCUCAGUCAAAGAGAAAAGAAUGUGACAGGCAAGGAGCUGAUUAAGUUGGCAGAAUCCACCCUAUCUGGAAAUAUAUCCCCUUUUGAACCUAAAGCUGGGGAUCUCCAAUCAAAGUACAAGAGCUUUAUUACUGGUAAGUUCCAGGAGCUACCAGCGGAGUUCUCAUUCUAAAACCCUCUGUUAAUGAUUGGUUUGUGCACAUUUUAUUUAAUUUUAGAUUGUCCUUGCAUCUGUGAGAAUUUUGUAGUCUCAUCCCGCUUCUGGGGAAAAAGAAAAAGUACCUGAAAGUAAACUGUGGAAUAAAAAUAAGAACAUUUAUAUUUUCCAUUCCAUUUGUGUACUCUCAUUUUACAUGUAUUUGUUCAAAUUUUUUUUGGUUAUAC